AUGGCUUCCCUUUCUCUUCCUAAGCACCACUUCCCUUCUGUGCUCCCCACUCAAACUCCUAGACACAACCCAUCUUCGAAAACCCUCCCAAUUGUCUCAAGUUCAUCACAUUCUCAAUUUUAUGGCCUCAAGCUCUCCAAUUCCUCCUCUUUGCCAAUCCCAUCUUCUUCUUCUUCUUCUUCUUCUGGAAAGAUGUUUAUUUUUGCUGCUAAGGUGGACAAGGGUAAGGUUCCACCAGCCUUCACAUUGAAAGAUCAGGAUGGAAAAACUGUAAGUCUCUCCAAGUUCAAAGGAAAGCCUGUGGUUCUCUAUUUCUACCCUGCUGAUGAGACCCCAGGGUGCACCAAACAGGCUUGUGCUUUCAGAGAUUCUUAUGAGAAGUUUAAAAAGGCUGGAGCCCAGGUCGUCGGAAUUAGUGGUGAUGACCCAUCAUCACACAAGGCUUUUGCAAAGAAAUACAAACUUCCAUACACAUUACUUAGCGACGACGGUAAUAAGGUGAGGAAAGAAUGGGGAGUGCCAUCAGAUCUGUUUGGGACAUUGCCUGGAAGACAGACUUAUGUUCUGGACAAGAAUGGGGUGGUUCAACUCAUCUACAACAACCAGUUCCAACCUGAGAAGCAUAUUGAUGAAACUCUCAAAUUCCUUCAAAGCCUUUAA